AUGAACGCCGGCCCCACGUCGCUCGACAACUUGGCCCGGGUGGCGACCCUGCGGCAGGAGCUCGACCCCGUCAAGCAGGAAGGCGACGACUACGACGCCCUGUUGACGCCCACCCCCCCGUCGGGCCCAGGGCUGCUGAAGCUGAAGCUGAAGCGGAUGGCGUGUGUCGAGUGCCGCCAGCAGAAGCUGCGGUGUAACGCUCACGAACGCUACCCCCAGCCGUGUACUCGCUGCCAGAAAAAGGGGCUCCGGUGUGACUUGAAAAGCGACUACAAACGAACGUAUAAACGGGCCCGAAUCGCCCAGAUCGAGCGGGAAUUCACCGAAUUAAAGAAACUGUUGACGCCGCAACAGCUGGUGGAGUUGUUACAGAGGGCGCCGACGCUCGCCGAACAGCUCCAGCUGCCGCAAACGAUGCCGCUGACUCUGCCUCACCCUCAAGGAGGCAUCCAUCAACACCCGCCACCUCAGGCCCAGUUCCCACCGUUUGGCCUGCCGUUUGACUCCCGCAUCAGCCACAAUUCCCUGGAAACUAAUACGCUGUUGCCCAAUACCCCGCUGAUCCUCCACCGGCCACUCGAACCUGGGGGGCUCGCACCGCAACCAACCCACCCUCACGACCCGCUGCCGGCGAUUGAGAUCCCUGAUUACGUGCUUGCCUGUGACGAUAAACACUUGGACUCAGUACUGCUUACUCUGGAACAGAUUAGAGAGUUGUAUCUGGAGUACGUGGUGCGCUACCAUCCGAUUCUCCCCGUAGUGGAUGUGGCUAAGGGGCCCGAGAGAAUUUACAAAUUGUGUCCGGCAUUAUUUUGGGUGAUGAUGUUUGUGUCAUUACGACGCUACCGAGAACGGGAACAAGUGUUAUUACAGCUUUCACCGCUCGUGAAAGGGGUGCUUGCGGAAAUCAUGAUUCUGCCCAUCACUCGCUAUAACCCUACCGAAGAGGACGAACCAAUCAUUAAUGGGUUACUGGUAUACGCCAUCCAAGCAUUUCUUCUUUACUCAUACUGGCCACCAAUCACGCUGUCACUCUCUGCUGACUCAUCCUAUAACACCGUGGGCAAUGCUAUGCUUAUGGCCAUCCGUAUUGGUCUUCAUACUCCCGCUCAGGCAGUGGCUCCCGCUACUGAUAUUAACGUGGCCCCCACUACCACUCCUCACCAACUGGUAAUGGCUCAGGAGAACGCCAAGACGUGGAUUGCCCUGAACACGGUGCUGCAAACAAUUGCCCUGGCAUUUGGGUUCCCUGCAUUCUCUCAGUUCGAUGCCCUGGUGUGGAACAUGCUUCGUUCUCAGCACGUCACCAUCCCCUUAGAAUUAAGGUAUAUGAUGGAAGUGGCGUAUUUUGAAGAUCAGGUGGCACGGACGUUAAAUCUGAACCCCAUGGACACGUUUGGCCUCGUCGACCCUACCGAAAGACUACCCCUCCUCAAAUUACUUGGUCGUCGCUUAGAUGAACUCGAACUGAGGAUGGCGGCAGACUUACCCCACGACGGGUUACGGCGAUUCCAGCUUCUCUGUGCCCGGGUCCACUUACUCACCUACCACUUCAUCGACUCGCUGCGGGUGGCGCUGUUCGAAGUGGAAAAGGGCCUCGUCCAGCUCUACAACCUGGCGAUUGCCCUCAUCAACCACACCCGCACCUGCCAGCAAACUGACCGCAAGUUCGUGAAGUACUUGCCCCUGGUGUACAUAUUGAACAUUUGGCAGGCCGGGUGUAUCAUUGCCAAGCUCACCCACUCGCGGUUGAAGAAGGUUAUCGACGUGGGGCUGGGCAAGUCUGCCUACGAGGCAGCGAUUCUGCUUGCCGCUAAGGCGCUGAUCCUCAAACACGAUAUCGCUCAUCGACUGCUGGGGAUCAUGCGCAACAUGUGGCAGCUCUUCAGAGCUCUCGACGCGAAGAACUUGCUGACGCUCUCCGUAGCCAUCCGAGGACGAAUGGCGGCACUGGUAUUCUUUGACUGUCUCUAUUUGGUGAGAGACCAAGUUGGGAUGAUUAAGCUUAAUAGCCGUCCUCCUCGCGACGACCCUGAGGAGCUCGCCCCUCUGAGUGGUGACGACGACGAUGAAGAAGCUGUUGACGAUGUUGUGGACUCUGAAACCGCUAAUAAUGCUCCUGGCGGAGUCAGUGGUCUGACGCCCGGGUCCACCACUCUGCUGAACCGCCGUCGUCGUCGUCUGUUGCUGCAGACGGUCAACGCCGAGUCCAAGGCCCGCAAGAUCAUCCGCACCAUCCCCUUGGACCCCCAGCCCAUCCUGGUGACGGCUCUGGGGAAGCGGCUGCUGAUAUUCAACGUGGUCAACCACCUGGGCUCCUCCGACGGGUCGCUGCCCAAGAACCUGCCCGACAUCCUGAAGAAUACUACUCAGCUGUCGUCACGCUUAAUUGGCGAGCUGCCGUUGGCGUCGGGGAUGGACCAUCUCGAGCUCGAGAAUAUCGACUUAAACGGCGAUUUGUUGUGGAAGGACGUUGAUCUGGUGAUGAAUGACUUUGGGUUUAACAUUUGA